GAGAUUCAAGAGAAGCUCCAGUAGCAGAUGAACCCACUGAGUACUGAGACGGGCAAGGGUUUAAGAUUAGGGUUUAUGUUUCCUGGUUGAAUUCCCGAUUAGCACCAUUUUCGUAGUUACUGGUUGGCAAAGGAGAGAAGAGAGGAUAACGAAGGCGCGGAGAUGAGAAAGUUACAGGUCUCGUUGUCGUUGAGUCAAACGCAGAAGAUACGACUGGACAAAGCUCUCGAGAAGCUCCAGUCCUGCACCACCAACCCCAACGCAUCCGUCAUCGUUGCCGAUUCCAUCCCUGUCAACUACGAAGAUGCCUUCCUCAAAGGACUUGGAACUGCUGACCACAACGGUGAAGUGGUGGCUACAGUCUGUGGAGUAGUAGAGCGUGUGAACAAGCUCGUUUAUGUACGGGCCUUACGAGCCAGGUACAAGCCUGAGGUUGGAGAUAUCGUGGUAGGACGGGUUCUGGAGAUUGCUCAAAAGCGAUGGAGACUGGAGAUUAAUUUCAACCAGGAUGCAGUUUUGAUGCUUUCUUCGAUGAACUUGCCAGAUGGUAUCCAGAGGCGGCGAACUGCUCUAGAUGAACUCAACAUGCGCAAUAUUUUUGAAGAGAAUGAUGUUGUGUGUGCUGAAGUUCGUAAUGUCCACAAUGAUGGCAGCUUGCAGCUCCAAGCAAGAAGUCGAAAAUAUGGAAAGCUUGAGAAGGGUCAGUUGCUAAAGGUUGAUCCUUAUCUAGUGAAGAAAAGCAAGCAACAUUUCCAUCAUCUCGAGCAAUAUGGAGUUGACCUUAUACUUGGAUGCAAUGGAUAUAUAUGGGUCGGUGAACAUGUGGAAGUUAGAGAUAGUAUGGUGGAGGAUCAAAUCAGUGACGUUGAACGUCAGAAGAUCACAGCAAACAAAAAUUCUACUAGUCUUGAGGAACAAGAGCUAAUAUAUACCCCACUAGAGAUGAGACAGAACAUAUGCAGAAUUGCAAAUGCUAUCCGAGUGCUAUCUAACUUAGGGUUUACGUUGAUUGUUGAAGUGAUAAUGGACACAGUUAAUGCGAGCAACACAAAGAAUAUUGAAAUACACGACAUGCUUGGAUCAGAGUUCCAUGUCGUAGUUGCAGAGAGAGAGGCUGAUCGGAGAAUCUCAUUGACAAAGAGAAAAAAGUGAAACUGCCAUUCCGAGUCUGUAAUAAAUUAUGAACGUAGAGUAACUAUUCUUCUGUAGCCCCCCCGAAUGAAAAAGAGGAUUAUCUAUACUCCCAGAUGUGCGCUCUGAAAUAUAAUAGUUGUUUGCUUGUUUUAUCCAAA